UAGGUUCGAUCGAAGGAACAAUCAGGAUAUAUCGGAUUGGGCAAACAAACACCGUGCGUGGAUAGAAAUUUGGAAUCAAAGAGACACGUUAGUGCAAUCAGAGAAUAGACCUCACAAUCAGUCAGCAUAUCAGAAGUACCAAGUGUGGUAUGCGGAUCGUUACCGGUUAAAGCUGAAGCCUGGUUGGACUCAUGAGGAGUGGUCGGAGUUGGUGUCUGAAGACCCGGAGACUGCACAAGGUUAUCAAACCUUCAACAUGGCUGUGAGAGACACCAGAGGGGCUCACGUUGACUAUGCACCGAUGCAUGAUGAAAUGGGCAGAGAGUUGCUUCUGUGCGUCAACGAUGCCAAUGUUGCACUGAGUCAUCCACCUGGUGGUGCAUUAUCUGAGAGGACUCUUAGGAGCACGAUGGAGAAGUUCAAGAAGCGGUUUCAUAAGAUGGCAGCAAUGCUUUCUUGCCAUGGUGCUCAGUCCAGUGACGUGUAUGCACCUGGUAGCCGCGCCGCCACAGCUAAUAGACGGCGUUAUCUACAGAACAAUGAGGACAUGGAGGAGGAGUUCCAUGAAGAGGAUCCAUCACAUCAAGAGGAGCCAACACAUCAUGAGGAGCAUGAGUAUGAUGCAACACAUGAAGAGGAUCAUGAGUAUGAUGCUGAUGCUCCACAACCAUCAUAG